UGUUUCAAGUCCCCCAAUAGAAACUGUGCCUGAUUUGUGGCCAAUGUUGGAGAUGUAAAAAAAAAAACGGAGGAAAAAAAACACUAAGGGGGUAGCUAUGGAGAUAGGACGUUUUCCUGGCUGCUUUCUUUGACAGGUGUUGAGUGGGGUAAAAGUCUUAAAACAGAAUCCAGCAUGUACGCCAAAGGAAAAGGAGCUGUCGUCCCUUCCGAUAGCCAAGCGAGAGAAAAGUUAGCUUUAUAUGUGUACGAGUACUUACUGCACGUUGGAGCACAGAAAUCAGCACAGACCUUCCUGUCGGAGAUCCGAUGGGAGAAGAACAUCACGCUGGGAGAGCCCCCCGGAUUCCUGCACUCAUGGUGGUGCGUAUUCUGGGAUCUGUACUGCGCGGCUCCAGAUCGACGGGAGACCUGUGAGCAUUCCAGUGAGGCGAAGGCCUUCCAUGACUACAGUGCCGCCGCCGCCCCCAGUCCGGUGAUGGGCAACAUGCCCCCUAACGACGGCAUGCCCGGCGGACCCAUGCCCCCUGGCUUCUUCCAGGGCCCUCCCGGCUCCCAGCCAUCACCUCACUCGCAGCCCCCACCGCACAACCCCAGUAACCCAAUGAUGGGGCCCCACGGCCAGCCUUUCAUGUCCCCCCGGUACCCAGGAGGACCCCGCCCCUCGCUCCGCAUGCCGAAUCAGCCCCCAGUAGGAGUUCCCGGCUCUCAGCCGCUCCUCCCGAACAGCCUGGACCCCACCAGACCACAGGGACAUCCGAACAUGGGCGGCCCGAUGCGAAUGAACCCCCCCAGAGGCAUGGGCAGCAUGGGCCCACAGAACUAUGGAGGUGGGAUGAGGCCCCCACCUAACUCUCUCGGGGGGCCCGGCAUGCCCGGGAUGAACAUGGGUCCAGGAGGGCGCGGUCCCUGGCCUAAUCCCAAUGCUAAUUCGAUAGCGUACUCCUCUUCAUCUCCGGGCAACUACGUGGGUCCUCCUGGUGGCGGCGGCCCUCCAGGAACUCCCAUCAUGCCCAGCCCAGGAGACUCGACGAAUUCCAGUGAAAAUAUCUACACAAUGAUGAACCCCAUUGGACCCGGGGGCAACAGGCCCAGUUUCCCCAUGGGUCCCGGUCCUGAUGGUCCGAUGGGAGGUAUGGGAGCCAUGGAGCCUCAUCACAUGAAUGGAUCACUAGGUUCUGGUGACAUGGAUGGGUUGCCAAAGAACUCUCCUAACAACAUGGCAGGCAUGAAUAACCCCCCCGGGACCCCGAGAGACGACGGAGAGAUGGCAGGCAACUUCUUAAACCCAUUCCAAAGUGAAAGUUAUUCACCCAACAUGACGAUGAGUGUGUGAUUUUUUUUUUUUCUAUUUUAUCUUUUAUUUUCUUUCUUUUUCCUGUUUAUUAUUUUAUUUACCACCCCCCCCCCAACCUCACGACACCCACCUCCCCCAGUAUUGCUCCACCUCUCGUUAUCCGUCACACCCCUUUCCCUGACCUUGGACGCCAUGCUGUGCCACACAGCCCCCUGGGAUGCCUCUGGAAUGCAGGACUGUCAAGGCUGCCCAUCCCAGCAUGUGCGAAGUGGCUGGCGCCAUGGCGACAGGACGCCAUGGCGACAGGACGCCGUCACAGAGCCACAGGAAGAGUCUCCUUUUGCCCCCCUCCUUUGCUUGCCUGGUUUCCGCACUGGUCCAGGACAGGGGGGGGGCGGAGGGAGUUCUUGCAGUGAGACACAGAUCAGCAUGAAGCUGGUGUGUCUCUCUUUAUUUUCGUUUUAUUAUACUUUUUAAAUGGUUUUGCACAGUAGCUGAGUGGCUAAGUUAUGCUUUGCCAUCCAGCUACUAUGUACAUUUAAAAUGAAAAUAGAACUUGUGUUACUUUAGACAAGACCGGCUGUCAAUAUUCAAUGUGUGUAUUUUAUUGCUAAUAUUAUUAUUGUUAUUGUUAUAAUGUUUAUCAUUAAUGGUGUUACAAUGGUUUAGUUCAAUCUCUUGGAUCUUUCUGUCAAGGGCACAUUUUUCGGCAUCAUCGGCAACACAAUAAGCACAUUCAGUAUGCACAACGACACUUCUGUUUACAUGAGUAUGAUAUAUGUCCUGUGUCGUCCGCUCUGUUAAACGUCUCCAUUUCGUACUUUGUGUACCCCCUCCCAUCUGGAAAACACUGCAGUGAACAUCAGAGAAUAGUUACAGGCGAAAUUAUUGCAACAUCAUAUACCUAGUGUCCAUACUCCAUCCCACCAAGAGUGUUGAUUUCUCUAGUUAAAUCAAGUAGAAUUGGCCCCUUUUGAUGCAGGGCCACCCCCAUGUCUGAGAACUUCACUUUCAUCCUGCAAGACACUGAUCAGAAACUGUCCAAUGCUCAUUAAAGACCAGAAGAAAACCAAACAAACCUGUACGAUUCACCAAAAAGCACUGAAAACCAAGCUUUUUUAUUUUUUAUAGUAAUAAUUAUAUGCCAAUUAUUUGCGUAGAAGUUCAGCUUCCUCUCCACCCGCCUGCGUUUGUGUGUAUAAAUGUCUUUUGUGUUCAGUUGACCACUGCCAAGCUGAUUGGCAUUGAGUAGCUGCUGGUCUGCACCCAUAUGAUUGCAGAGGAAGGCGAGUUUGGCCUGUAACUCCUGCUGUAUGCACGUACACCCAGACACACAAAGAGCUCCGUCUUCAGCCACAGUGUGUUCUAGGGGGCGCUGUGUCUUUUCUGUUCAGAGGUCCGUGUUUCCUCUCUGCUGUAUGUGUUCUUUCGUCAGACUGCCCGUUAGAUAGGACUGAUGCCCCCACAUCCUGGAGUCUGGGAAUUGGCUGGUUCCUCAAAGCAGUCUGCCGCUCACCAGUGAGAUGCAGAACAGUCCGUUUGAACCCAGUGCCUGUUGCAUGGAAGGGAAGGAGCAGCUCCAUCAAGUAUCACUGUCUUUGCUUCACUGGACUCUGUAGUGCAGUGUCUCCUAACCCGGUCCCCGGGGAGCCCUGGACAGCCCACAUAUUUGCUCCUACCAGGAGCUGGGAGGGAGCAAAAAUGUGGACCGGCUGGGGAUCCCCAAGGACUUGGUUGUGAAAUGCUGCUUUAGCGCUUACAGCUCCAGUCUGGAUUGUUUUAGCUGGUGAGAAUAUUUGGUCUGAGGUGGAUUAUUAUUUCUCAUUUGCUUUUCCUGCUCCAGGAAAUACUGUCUGCAAAAAUCUUAUGUUCUUACAGGUCUGAUUCUCUAUCUGUAAUUUUCAUCUUUGUCCUUUAAAUAUUGUAUAUUCACUCUCUGCAAAUGUGUGGUUUGUGCCGUCUGCAUUCUCGUUGGAGAUUAGGACGGCAUGCACGCACGCCGCUCUUUAAGGGUCAGUGCUCCGUGACGCGGGCAAUCGUGUGAGAAAACAGCCUCCAUGUUCCGUUAUCGUGGCAGCAGCCAUCGCCAACAGGCCCGACGCACUUCUGCUCGCAGUCCUCCAUCACACGACAUCACAAGCCCACGAAAUCACAGCCGUGAAAGUGUGCUUUUCUGUAUCAAGGUCCCCGCCAUUCAGUUCUAGAAAUCUGGAGUUAAUGUUCAUCUUAGGUUCUUUUCUAUUUAUUUAUUUAUUGUUAUUUUGCUUUAUUGAUGUCAAAUGGAGUGUCCUCACAUUAAUGCGGUGACUUGCGACUGUCCCUCAAAAGCUUCCUUGGUCGUUCCCUCCCAUUCUGAGACAUGGCGGCAUACAGACAUUGGUCUUUCAGCUCCCAGUUGGUAAUACACACUACAAGUCAAGUGCUUUGUUCCCAUACUCAAGUGUUCAUAACCAGUCUGUAAUUUUUAGAUUCCAAACUGAUGCAAAGUCUGCAUUAUCGUCGUCGCCCAUGUGUUAUGUCUUGUGCCAUCAUGACCUCACUUCUUCCGCAGUCAUCCUGUUUAGUUUCGGAUGUAUGGUACCCGCAGACACAGGGUACUGUGAUAUGAAAAUGAAUGAGCCUGUUGUCGUUUCGGCAGCCUCUGUGUCGUGAUACUAAGAGGCGAAGAACGGCUUCGAAUCGGCAGUUAAGUGGGCCGUCAUCUGGACGAUGUGCUGUGCACGCCCAGCUCACUGCAGCGUCCCUCUGCAAGGCCUCUCAAACCCCCUCAGCCCCACCCCCCACCCCAUCCUUUUUAAAAAUCUUUUCUCUUGUUCCUUUUUUUUUUUGUGUAAAUACUGUAUAAUGCAUUUUGAUAUCAUUGACAUGUUUUGAUAUGUCAGUCACUACCAAUGACAAUUUAGAAAACCUAAAUGAGUAUUAAAAAAAAAAAUACACCGUGUUUUCAUUUAAAGAGGCGAUGUGCUUUAAUUGAACUGCGCAGUGAUCUUGAUUGUAAACGACUCAGUGGAGAACUUAAGUAACUGUGGUGUAAUCUGGAAUUAAAACUUGGAUUUCUGCACUGGGUUCGCGUAUCGGGUCAGGGUUGCGACAGAAGAGCUGGUGUGUGAGUGGUUGAUGCGUUUAGGGCAGUGAGGAAGGCUUCUUAUAAUGUGCUUUGUAAUCCUAAUGAGCUGUAGAGUGGAGAAAUAGAGAAUAUGGCCGCUGCCUGACCGUGGCUUCUAUCUGCAUCUUCUUAAUGCACUUUUAUGACCCUGAAUGGCGAUCAUGGCAUUUGAAGAAUGAAGCAUCAGGAAAUGAAAUCAAAUGAAUAAAGGACAUCGUCUCUUUAAAAUCGCAAGGGACCACAUAUUGCUGUCUUUAAUAUGAAGGAUUUUUAUCUAUUUAAAGUGAAACUUUAAAAAGCAAGAAAAGGACCUCAUUUAAAUAAAAAUAAAAUUAAAAAAAAAAAAAGGUCUAAACGUGGAGGAAGCUCACUCACCCCUGAAAUAGUGCUGUACAGAAUGAUGCUCACCCACCUCUCCAGCCCCUUAUGUAUAACGAUACAAUGUUGGCCAUUUCUGUAUUUCUAUUGUGAUGUAUAAUACUGUAACAUUAGCAAGAAUUUUUGAGGCGUGGGGGAAGGGGUCAAAGGGAGGGGGUUUAACGGAUCGUCCUGUACUGUUCAUUGUCCUUUCAGAUGACACGGCAGUAUUCGAUAUGAAGCAGUCUGUCUCUUGGGUUUGCUUUGUAUUUCAUGGUAGGUUAGUUGAGAUCUUUGUCUUAGGGAAUUAGGUGUCUUGUGUAGUUAAUAAAGUUGUUCCUUGUAUGUUUCUUUAUAUUGUAAAGUUUCUUUAGACUGAAAAAAAAGUUGCUUAUCGAGAAAGAUGAAAAAUCUGCAUCAAUAAUAAAUGUACCUUGAUUUUU